ACUGCAAACAAUUGAAACAACUUGGAGGUGAAAAAGGACCAUUAUAACAGACAGAGGGAUCACCCUAUCUGUGAAUAAAGACAAAAGACUGUUUCACCAUAAUGCAGAGUGGGGGAAAGCACUCUGGAUCCAUUCACUGAGUAAACAUCUUGUGGCGCGGGAUGUUUUCAUGAAAGUUUGGAUCUUGGUUCCUGCAAAGCCAGCCAGCUCAACAACAGACUGAACUUUCAGGGGAAAACCUACUUUAUUAGAUAGGAAAGAUAACUAUUAAUAAGCAUAGGCCCGAGCUUGCGUUUUAUGAUUUUGUUUCAUAUUGUGACCAUUCAUUUCCAUCACUAUCUUGUUUCUAAUUGAUUCUUCAUUGUUUCUUAAAUAAGCCUGUGGGGGCAGAGGAUCUGGAGUUUCUGUGAGUAGCCAGUUUAGGGGCUGGAUAUCACAGGGGAAUGCUUCAAAAUGACUUGGAGACCAGGAUGCACCUAUUGUUAACAUGCAAGGCAAAGACCGGGCUGGCAUAGCCUGGAGGAGAGUGCUUGAAUGGCUGAAAGGCUGGUGGUGUCAGGGCACUAACUCAAAGUUACCAUGGGCAAGACCCUCUCUCACCAGAGGCAGGGAGAAACAAGGUGACUUACUGUCCCUGGUACCCUGAGAACCACCACACAUAUAUUCUACUGAGACUGCGACUGAAAAUGCCACCUUUUUAAAGAGUACAGGUUGAUGGUGACUAUGUAUGCAUUGAUACAGCUUUUCUUUUUCAGAAAGUCUUGAUAGUCUGCAAGGGUUCCAUUAUUUAAAAAUACAAAUCUUCUGGCUAGAUCCUUGACCCUGCUAAGCUCACUUGUGCAGUGCAAAGAGACCUUAAAGGCACCCUGCAUGAGAAUCUACAAGUAGUGUAAAGCCAGAAUAGUUAGCUCCAUACCAGCAUCCCUCCCAGCCCCUUCAGGGUAGGCAGUGGGAGGGGAUAUUCUGGUGUCAAGGGUGUGGAGACUUAGGGCAGUGUGCUUCAGUAAUCCUCACCAGUGUAAUGCCCCCAAGAAGGCCAUUCACUAGAGCCUGUUGACAAUAAUUGAAAAGUAAAUUAUUAAUCUAAGUAAACCAGUGCUUAUCCACAUUGUGACCUUAUUACAGAAGUGCCCACAUUCAGAACAGUCUACAAAAUUCAUUUGGCAUGAUUUUUUUUAAAGUAGUAUUGUUUUAGAUUUGGAAGUUUUGAACUACUUACCAGAAUUUCCCAAAAUUGCCAUAAUCUGGCCACUCUCUAUGUGAAAUGAAACAUCUUUGAGGAUCUGCCGUGUGUAUUUUUUAUGAUAUGAUGGGAUAUCCCACCAAAGUCCAACACGUUCUCUUUAAAAAAAAAGAAGGUUGAAAAGGCUGAAAUGUGGCAUUUGGAAGAAUUUAAAAUAACAUGUAAAAAAUAUUUCAAAAAUUGGGCUUGUGCCCUUUUUUGCUGCUUUGAUGUAUAAAGAGGAUUGGAAAAAAUUAAUUUCUAAAAGGUUUUUUUUCUGCUUGUUUUUUAUCUUAGUAGAACCAGACUUAACCUUCCUGAUCUAACCUGGUUUUGGUGGAGGACCAAGGGGAGGUAGAAGUAAUAUUUAUUGGGAGCUCUUUAAUUGUAAGGAUGAGGGUGUUAGACCUUUAACAAAACCACUGAAAUUAAAUAGAAAUUAACAAAAAAACAAAGUUUUAAACAGACUUCACUAAAAAUCCCUCCCCCUUUUAAUAGCUCAUUUUGUUCCGUAUUGGCUCUGUUGGCAUCACCAGUUCACUAGCUCUCCAGUCAUAUCAGAGUCUUCCAGCCAAGACAGAAGCUUAAAUGUCUAAAAACAAGCAAAAGAAAUGAAACCACAACCCUUUCAGGCUUUCUUUAUAUAUCCUUCAGAGACCUUCUUUAAAGAAUCACUUAUGAAAUCUUCAGAAAGCAGAAUCACUCCUUACUCUCAGGAAAAUAUAGUCUUAAUUACAAGACAGAGAGGACCAAAUUCAUCCUUGGUGUCUCCCUUCACUGGACUAAAACUAAGGUCCAACAUCUUCAAACUAUAUCCCUGUUACUAUUAUGCUAUAAAUUAAGGGAAGUCUUAUCCCUGUGGUCUGAGGAUUAGUGCUAUUGCAGAGUCCCAGCUUACAUUGCUGGUCCUUACUAGCUUUACCUGACUGUGUAGGAGAUUCCAUGGACGCUGACACUGUUAUGUGGAAUCACAACAGACAUCCUUUCUUCUGCUCUGGAACCCCAGCCGCUCCUUUCCAUCUCAGUAGGCUGCAUCAUCCUCAGGCAGACUGGACACUUUACUUAAAUCACCCUCUCAACCAGCUGGCAAAGAGGAGAUUCAGAGACAGUAUUUUUUGCUCUGAAGAGGAUAACAAUCUGUAUUUCACCUACAGUGGCAAAUCAAAUGUCCUAGAGGUCAGAGAGCUCAACUACCAGGUUAACAUGGCAUCUCAGAUUCCCUGGUAUGAGAACCUAGCAGAGAUGAAAAUGCCUUGGAUGUGGAACACAGGCCCAGAUUCCCAUGUGCCAGCAAUCCAGAAUCUGAACUUUAAAGUUCAAAGUGGCCAGAUGCUAGCUAUUAUAGGAAGCUCUGCCUGUGGAAAAACACCCUUACUUGAUGUGAUAACCUGUCGAGAUCAUGGUGGCAAAAUUAAGUCUGGCCAAAUCAUAAUCAAUGGACAACCCAGUACUCACCAGCUUGUUAAGAAAUGCAUUGCACAUGUGCGGCAGGAUGAUCGACUACUACCCAACCUAACUGUCAAAGAAACAUUAUUAUUCGUUGCAAAACUGCGGCUCCCGAAGACUUUUUCAGACUCACAAAGGGAAAAAAGGGUGGAAGAUGUUAUAGCAGAACUGCGGUUACGACAGUGUGCAAACACAAGAGUAGGGAAUGAAUACAUCCGAGGUGUGUCUGGGGGAGAAAGGCGAAGGGUAAGCAUUGGAGUGCAGCUGCUAUGGAACCCUGGAAUACUGAUACUUGAUGAACCCACAUCUGGACUAGAUAGUUUUACUGCUCACAAUCUUGUGAUUACACUGUCCAGGCUUGCCAGAGGAAACAGAUUAGUUCUCCUUUCAGUUCACCAGCCCCGAUCAGAUAUCUUCCAACUCUUCGAUUUAGUUCUUCUGAUGACCUCUGGAACUACCAUCUAUUCUGGAACAGCCCGGAACAUGGUCCAAUAUUUCACAGAAAUAGGCUAUCCCUGCCCAAAAUUCAGCAAUCCUGCAGAUUUCUAUGUUGAUUUGACCAGCAUUGAUAACCGGAGCAAAGAGAAGGAGAUGGAAAGUCAGAAAAGGGCAAGGUCACUUGCCACCUUGUUCUGGGAGAAGGUCAAAGAUGUUGAUGAUUUCUUAUGGAAAGCUAAUGAAGGAGACUGUGUGACGACUGUUUACAGUGAUCAAAGUUCCCUUUUCACUCCAGAAGAGGUGAUUAACAUGCAUUCCCAUUCAACUGAUCAGUUACCAGGUGGCUUAAAGCAGUUUACUGUAUUAUUCAGUCGUCAAAUCUCCAGUGACUUCAGAGAUCUUUCAACGUUAUUAAUCCAUGGAUCUGAGGCCCUUCUAAUGUCAUUAUUAAUUGGAUUCUUAUACUAUGGUCAUGACAAAACCAAGCUAUCUAUUCAGGACACAGUAGCACUGUUGUUUAUGAUAGGUGCACUAAUCCCCUUCACAGUGCUUUUGGAUGUUAUUGCAAAAUGUCAUUCAGAAAGAGCUAUGCUUUAUCAUGAUUUAGAAGAUGGGAUGUAUACUGUUACUCCCUACUUCUUUGCUAAGAUUUUGGGGGAGCUCCCAGAACACUGUGCUUUUGUAAUAAUUUAUGGAGUUCCUAUCUACUGGCUGACAAAUCUCAAUCCUGAACCAGAACAUUUCCUCCUUAACUUCCUGGCAGUCUGGCUUGUGGUUUUCUGUGCCCGAGCAAUGGCACUAUGGAUGGCAGCACUGCUCCCAACACUGCAGUUGUCAGCCUUCUUUGGCAAUGUCCUUUUCACAACCUUCUUCCUGAGUGGCGGUUUCGUGGUACGCCUAGAAAGCCUGUGGCUAGUUCCAUUUUGGAUUUCUAAAAUAUCUUUUGUCAGAUGGAGUUACGAAAGCCUGAUGCAAAUUCAGUUCACUGAACUCACAUACCAAAUGACCGUUGGAAAUGUUACCUUUCAAAUCCCAGGGAAACUUGUAAUUCAGGCUAUGAAUCUGGACUCGUAUCCUCUCUAUGCAAGCUACCUCAUCCUCGUCGGUAUUAUUAGUGGUUUCAUGGUUUUAUACUACUUAUCUCUGAGGUUUAUCAAGCAGAAAUCAAAUCAAGAUUGGUAACAGAUUUUCUUGUGAAUGAGUUUACUGGCAGGAAUGUUCAGGGAAUCAACAGAAGAAUAGAAACCAGAAAUCGGAUUCUAAGGGUUAUACUCAUCCACUGAGGAAACAGAAACAAUGCCACAUGACCAAGAAUGCUCAAACGUUAUGCAGAGAAGACUCUCAAUGACUUGCUUAUGAACAAUCCACAGAUGAAGACUUAAUCAUUGAAGUUAUUAGGUGAAAAUAAAUACAUGAAAAUUGUAAAACCAUGGCAAUUCACAAAUAAAUACAGGCUAAAUUAACUGAACAAAUUAUCUACUAUGAAUUAUUUGCUACGCUCUUUUCUAAUGUCUGUGCUAGCAUUAUCUGAUAAGAUAGUUGCUACCUCGGCUGGCCCAAUGCCUGACAGCAAUAUUCAGUAUGCUCAUUACAUGCCAGCCACUUUAGGGCUUGGUCUGUAGCAUUCCUCAAGUCACUACUUUUGUUCUCCACAAUACUGU